CUGCUGGCAAAGAGCAGUCCCAUGAAGAUUUUGUUACAGAUACAGCAGCAAUGGAAAAUGUGUCUGGUGUGAAGGUGUUCAGUUUAUCUGGAUUAAAUGAAACUUGGACAAUUCGUUAUUUUUUAUUUUCUCUGACCUUCCUUGUAUAUAUUUUAAUCUUGUUCGUAAAUGUGAUGCUAACUGUCACCAUUAUAUUGGAGAAAGCCCUCCAUGAGCCUAUGUACAUCUUCCUGUGUAAUUUGUGUAUUAAUGCAGUGUAUGGAACUGCAGGAUUCUACCCUAAAUUCCUAUAUGAUGUACUCUCUGGCUCUCAUAUGAUAUCAUAUGAUGGAUGCUUCCUGCAGAUAUUUGUGAUCUACACAUCAGUAAAAUGUGAAUUUGUAACACUGACUGUGAUGGCGUAUGAUCGCUAUGUGGCAAUAUGCAAACCAUUAAUGUAUCAUUCAAUAAUGACAGGUCAGAUGAUGUGUAAAUUAUUAACAUUUUGCUGGAUUUAUCCAUAUGUCACAAUGUCCUUGAAUAUGACACUGGCAAGAAGACUCACAUUAUGCAGGUCCCAUAUUGAUAAACUUUACUGUGAAAACUGGUCCAUUGUGAAACUUUCUUGUGAAGAAACAGUGGUAAAUAAUAUAAGUGGGUUCAUUGUAAUAAUAACAUUUGCUGGACUUGCGAUGUACACUAUGCUUUCAUAUGUAAAAUUAAUUUCUGUAUGCACAAAAAGUAGAGAAGACAGAAUUAAAUUUAUGCAGACUUGUGUGCCACAUUUAUGUGCUGUAAUAAAUUUCACAGUCACUUUGUUGUUUGACACAAUGUACAGUCGCUAUGGAUCAAGAGAUAUGUCAGAGCGUCUGCGCAAUUUUUUGGCGCUACAAUUUCUCAUCAUCCCUCCUCUCUUCAACCCAAUUAUUUAUGGACUAAAACUGACUGAGGUUCGGAAACGACUACUGAAGCAGUGUCAUAGUUUAAAGUAGUUUUUGUGAAGAGUGCAAGAUGCUUCAGCAGCUGUUUUAUUUCACUCUCAGUGCAGUAUACUGUGUGAAAAGUCUUUCUCUGCUGCCUGCUGGUUUGAAUCAUGCACAAGUCCUGGGUCCAACAGGAAUGUUUUUUCUCUCAAGCAAAAGUUUGUAUUAAAGCAUAAAGUGAUAAUAAAGUGA